AUGACACGAUUCGAAAUGACGCUCAACGGCACUGGCACCGCCAUCCAUGUCGCCGAGAGAGCCAUCCUCUUCCUCCACGCCCAAUCCGAGCAACUUCCCACACCAGCAGAAGCCUCGGCCGCAGCGACUGCCAGUGCCAAUGCCUUACGCGACAUGAUUGCCCCAUAUUGUCCGCAGGAUGAAGCCACUGGUCACACGGUCCCGGGUGCCGCCGUAUCUCACUACUCGAUGACCACACUUGACACGAGCAGCCAUCAACACCGCAGUAAGACCGGCAGUUUGACUGUUCUCUACAGCGCCCGCGCAGAAUUCAGCAUCAAGUUCCACGACUUUGCUAUACUCAACAAAAUCGCCACUCGCGCCUCCGCCAUGGAGCACGUCAAGGUAUCCCGCGUCGACUGGGCCCUGACCGACGAAACUUCCGAUGCCAUCAAAGGCGGAGCACGGAAGCGUGCGGCUGAAGAUGCAAUUCAGCGCGCGUGGGAUUAUGCAGAGGUGUUUGGGAAGAUCCCCCCGGCGGAGCUGGAGGCGAGAGUUCUCCCCGUGAGGGUGACCGAGCAGAGCUUUUAUUCGAAAAGCACAAGACCGCAACUGCACUAUGGGAAGGGAAUGAGAGGCAGUAAGACAGGGAGAGAAGAGCUGCAAUUUGAACCAGAAGAUGUCAAACUAGAAGCGACUGUGACUGCAAAUUUCGUUGUGGAAAUAUGA